AUGUUGCAGCUGGGCAUUAACCCCGACUGCGAGUUUCGCCCUUUUUGUCCCAAAUUCGGUUGGCUUGGGCCUGCCGAAGGCUUGGGGUCUACACCCACAAUGGACAAUCUGGCUUCGGCAAUGAUUGUUGGGCGCGGUUGUAUCCACCGUUUAGACUACAUUACAGCAAUUUAUGAACCUGAGGCAAUCGGUGAUCCAGCUCCAGUUGUGCUUCAUGACGAGGUGAAUGACACCAUUCCGUUCAAAGAAGUAGGACCUUCAACCGAUCAGAGGUUAAUACACCAACAGCCGCCCCAACCGGAACUAAGGGAAUACAAAUCUCUAACGCCAACAUAUACUAUGGAAUCUAUUCAGGGCGUAUCGGAGUCUCCACUUUUAUCGUCCUCAUCAUGUCAUCGAACACCUAUUUCUCACAUGGACAGUCCUUCUACACCAGAACUCGGCUCUUCGUUCUUAGCGUCCAAGAAGUUGCUUGUAAAGGUUGUGAAAGCUGAAGCAUUGACUCUCAAAGCUACAUCGAACGCGUAUUGUGUGGUGGAAUUGGAUGAACCAUAUCAACGCCACACUACUCAUUGUUCCUCUGCCGGUCAACUGUUCUGGGACCAGCAUCUUUUGUUCGAUUUGAAUACGAAUUCAAAGCGGAUNUUUGAACUGUCUAAACGAAAAAAAUCUGUAUCAAAAGGAAGAGCUGAACAGUUAUUAACUAACCUGCUUUGUCCCUCUGCAUCCUCAACCGAAAUGGAUCAGGAUUCCGUGCUUUCCAAUUUGUGGGAUGCCUCAGAACCCCGUCGACGUUUACCCCUGCUGUCCACAUUGAGUGCUUCUGUUUUAUCAUCCUCAACUUCUACAGGUCCAGCUCUGAGUUCAGUGCUCUCCCCGUCCUCUUCGUCUGGCAGCGCAAAUGUCACCGCUCCCGGAUCACCAACAGCUCAAUCAAAUCCCACUAUUACAGCUGAGUUUCACUUGAUGGAGAAAGCAAACGAGGAAGCGUUAACCGCGCGUCAACGUUUGACUUCGGGAAAUCCUAUGGCUGUUCAUCGGGCAUACUCUACUCGAGGGAACGCGCAAUCUUUUAGUGCACAAGACAGUCCCAUCUUAGGUUCUGCAGUCGGGGUGAAUUCCUUGUCGCAUUCUACCUCGUUGGAAUUUGGCCACACGAAAUUCGUUUUGCCCAGACAUGCCAAUGUGAUCGCUGAAGGUCAAGCGGUGGACGAAUUCCAUUCGACCGCUAUACCAAAGGGCGUGGUCACGUUGACUGCAACACCAGCCAGUAUUACCCGACCACAACCACUUGGAAGUGAAGAAUUUAAAACCAGUGAAGCGAUUUCGGUGCCCGGAGCCGGAGGAUCACAUAGUACCUCGCUAUCACCCACUUUGCGCACUGCCCAACUAUUCUCCCCAGUUCCUUUACGACGUGCACAAAUGGUUUCUUAUGAAAGCACCACAACAACUACCGGCACGACGCUGACGACAACUGGCAACACUUCUCCAGCCCCAUUUCGCAGUAAACCGCCCGGAUUAGAACCAACAGCUGAGGACGGUUCCGAGGAAUACGAGUUACCCCGAUCUCCGCUCAGCCUAGAUCAGUCGUUCGGAGCGUUGGAAAGUGGUGAACCACAACCUAUCACCGACCCCUCGGGUUCCGGCCCUCCCGCACAUGCUUGUGCAUCCAUACGCGUGGCCACGGCAGGUGAUGUUGUGACUGCUGGUGCUACCGCCACGGUCAACCAGGAGUGCAAAACGAUCGAUACACUAGUUUGCUGA